UCAAAUGAUCUAUGUUUUGCUUUGCUAUGCUUUACUUAACUGCAGAAACUGAAAGGAGAAAAUAAAUAGCUCAGUUAUAUUCUCACAGACGUUUUAAAAAUGCACAGUCAGUACACAUGGAUGCAUAGAGGCCUUGGCUUUUCAAUUCAGUUGUAAAGUAUAAGAAACCUAAGCAGCCUCGAUGCAUUUACAUGACAGCACAAUCUGACAGCAUAACGUUACCUAAGCAAAGCUCGCGAGAUUGAACGAGGGGAUAAGUUGAGGAAAUAUGGCGACGUCUAAUUUGUUAAAGAACAAAGGGUCCCUCCAGUUCGAGGACAAAUGGGAUUUGAUGCGGCCAAUUGUCCUGAAGCUGCUUCGUCAAGAGUCUGUGACCAAGCAGCAGUGGUUCGACCUGUUCUCAGAUGUCCAUGCAGUCUGCCUGUGGGAUGAUAAAGGUCCUGCAAAGAUCCACCAGGCACUGAAGGAGGACAUCUUAGAUUUUAUCAAGCAAGCUCAGGCUCGAGUGCUCAGCCAUCAGGAUGACACUGCUCUCCUCAAGGCCUACAUUGUGGAGUGGAGGAAGUUCUUCACGCAGUGUGACAUCUUGCCCAAGCCUUUUUGCCAGCUGGAGAUCACUCUGAUGGGCAAACAAGGCAGCAACAAGAAAUCUAAUGUGGAGGACAGUAUAGUGAGGAAGCUCAUGCUGGACACCUGGAAUGAAUCCAUCUUCUCGAACAUCAAGAACCGCCUGCAGGACAGUGCCAUGAAGCUGGUCCAUGCAGAGAGGCUUGGGGAGGCCUUCGAUUCGCAGCUGGUCAUCGGGGUGCGGGAGUCAUAUGUGAACCUAUGCUCCAACCCUGAGGACAAGCUGCAGAUCUACAGGGACAACUUUGAGAAGGCGUACUUGGACUCCACUGAGAGAUUCUACAGGACACAAGCGCCCUCCUACCUGCAGCAAAACGGCGUGCAGAACUACAUGAAAUAUGCAGAUGCUAAACUGAGGGAAGAGGAGAAACGUGCCCUUCGUUAUUUGGAGACGCGGCGUGAAUGUAACUCUGUCCAAGCACUUAUGGAAUGUUGUGUGAAUGCUCUUGUGACGUCCUUCAAAGAAACCAUUCUGGCAGAAUGUCCUGGCAUGAUUAAACGCAAUGAAACUGACAAGUUGCACCUGAUGUUCUCGCUCAUGGACAAAGUCCCCAGUGGAAUCGAACCCAUGCUCAAGGACCUAGAGGAGCACAUCGUCAAUGCUGGACUUGCAGAUAUGGUAGCUGCGGCUGAGACAAUCACUACUGACUCGGAGAAGUAUGUGGAGCAGCUUCUCACUCUCUUUAACCGCUUCAGCAAACUUGUGAAGGAGGCGUUUCAGGAUGACCCGAGGUUUCUGACAGCCAGAGACAAGGCAUACAAAGCUGUUGUGAAUGACGCCACAAUAUUUAAGCUGGAACUGCCAACGAAACAGAAGGGGGUGGGCUUGAAAACACAGCCAGAGUCCAAGUGUCCAGAGCUGCUGGCCAACUACUGUGACAUGCUGCUAAGGAAGACUCCGCUCAGCAAGAAGCUCACGUCAGAGGAGAUAGAAUUAAAACUAAAGGAAGUGCUAUUGGUGUUGAAGUACGUCCAGAAUAAGGAUGUCUUCAUGCGGUAUCAUAAAGCCCAUUUGACAAGGCGUCUCAUCCUGGACAUUUCGGCAGAUAGUGAGAUAGAGGAGAACAUGGUGGAGUGGCUCAGGGAAGUAGGUAUGCCUGCAGAUUAUGUGAACAAGCUUGCCAGAAUGUUCCAGGACAUAAAAGUCUCAGAGGAUCUCAACCAAGUCUUCAAGGAGGUGCAUAAACACAACAAAUUAGCAUUACCAGCGGACUCUGUGAACAUCAAGAUCCUGAACGCGGGUGCGUGGUCACGAAGCUCGGAGAAGGUGUUUGUGUCCCUGCCAACAGAGCUGGAGGAUCUAAUCCCAGAGGUGGAGGAGUUCUACAAGAAGAACCACAGUGGCAGGAAGCUCCACUGGCAUCACCUCAUGUCUAAUGGGAUUAUCACGUUCAAGAAUGAAGUGGGGCAGUACGACCUGGAGGUGACGACUUUCCAGUUGGCUGUUCUCUUUGCCUGGAACCAAAGACCCAGAGAAAGGAUCAGCUUUGAGAACCUGAAACUGGCCACAGAGCUGCCGGAUGCAGAGCUUAGGCGGACACUAUGGUCUCUUGUUGCCUUCCCAAAGCUGAAACGUCAAGUCCUGUCCUACGAACCUCAAGUUGGCUCACCCAAAGACUUCACUGACAGCACGCUAUUUUUCGUCAACCAAGAGUUCUCCUUGAUAAAAAACUCAAAGGUCCAAAAGAGGGGCAAAAUCAACCUGAUCGGUCGUCUCCAGCUGACCACAGAGCGGAUGAGAGAAGAGGAGAAUGAAGGCAUCGUCCAGCUGAGAAUAUUAAGGACGCAGGAAGCCAUUAUCCAGAUUAUGAAGAUGCGCAAGAAGAUCACCAACGCGCAGCUGCAAACAGAGCUGGUGGAGAUCCUGAAGAACAUGUUCCUGCCGCAGAAGAAGAUGAUCAAAGAGCAGAUCGAGUGGCUCAUCGAACACAAGUACAUCAAGCGGGACGAGACAGACAUUAACACCUUCAUCUACAUGGCGUAGCGGAGCCGUAUCAGCAGACACUAAGGAGGAGAUUGACAACGAUGAUGAUGAUGAUGAUGUGGAGGAGGAUGUUGCCGGUGGGGGGUUCGUUUGCAGUAGGAGUGGGAUGCCUUCUGGACCCUGUACUAACUGCUGGCUCCCUCGUCUGCACCCAAAACGGGCUGGUUUUAAGAUCAACAGUUACAAUUCAUUAUAGCCAGUGGAAAAAAACAACAACAAAACAAUCCCUGCCUUAUGUUACAUUUUAGCAAGAAAAAUGAACCAGGGGAUAAAUGUUUAGCGAAAAAAAGAAACACAAGUGAUAAAAAGAAUUAUUAUUAUUAUUAUUAUUAUUAUUGUUCAUUUUUGUUUUUGCCAAUCGGUAAACAGGAUGCAUGGUGGACGGUUUGCCGUUUGUGUGUCUACAUCUUCUUCAGCAUGCUGUCCCAUGGGAGCCCUUUCCGUUCAUUGCAGGACUUGUCCGUGCUGUUUUUUGGACAAACGCCCCGUCCCCAUACAUCCCCCCACCCCCAUCGCUCCACCCACCUGGCCGUCUCUCCCCAGCCACCGGCCACACCGGCACCUGUCCCAGCACACAUCCCAACACAAAGCGGCACUGAAGAAGAAGCGUAGCCACCCCACCCACUGACGAUGUCACAGAGAAGAGCACCCCAUAACAGCCUCUGACGUCACUCUGUUCCCCAGGAAAUAAAAAGAAAAGCAUACAGAAAACGACUAAGAUGAAAGCAUCAGCACUUUUCACUUGCUCACAGUAUGUCUGCAUGGCUUUCUUUGGUUUGUUUGUUUGUCGGUUUCAUCCUUUGCUUUUUUUCUGCAAGAUUUUGUUUGGUUUGUUUGUUUGGGUUAUUUUUUAUUUUUUUUUGGUUUGGUUCUUGCCAACGCUUGAUUGGACAGCUGUGGGUGUGAAGUGCUUUACAUCAUCAUUGGAGAUCUGCUGCCCAAUAGCACCUAAUUCAUCAAACAGAGAAAACCCUGUUUCCACAUGGAUAAGUUUUGUUUGUUUGAGUGUGAACUAGCCAUUCACUGUCAUUUGGAUACAAACCAAUGUCACGGUCAGACAUAACUUUAUCAUGGUAUAUUUACAGUUUUAACUCUCAUUUUAGGUGAAACAAAGGUAGUCAUUUUUCUGAAAUGGUUACAUGUACUCCUCCCAGCUGUCACUUUCCAGAGUGUGUGGUGUGCAAAUUGAGUCCUCAUCUCAGACCCAAUGUAAAACCAAGUGUAUUGCCAAUUCUGCCUGUGUUGCAUAGCAACUGAGAAGUGAGGCGCAGGUCAUUUGCUUGAUUAAAUGUUUGUUACAACUUUUGAAUUUUGCAUUUAGAAAAUACAAAAUUACGAAUAGAACUGAGGUUUGGGGUGGCACUGAGUGUAAGUGACAACUGCGUCACAGAAAUGCUUAAUAAUAACACAAGGAUUACAUCUGACCUUGGUACGAGAGUGUGUCCCUCUUGACGUGGUUAGCAAAAGGAAAAGAAAGCACUUCUGAACCUAAUGGCAGAUGUAUCGGAGAUGGUGCAUGGAGUUUGGAAAAGUUACUGCCUAUCACUUUGAUGAGCAAUGUGGAGAUUCUCUUGUCAGCGGUUUAUGUCCUUGUGUGAUCACACAUUGCCAAAAGUAAAGUUCUGCGCAGUCACACCAUUUCUACAGAUCACGUGAAGGAUGGCCUAUGCCAGCUUUUACUAAUCUUAGUCACUUCAUGACACAUUUUUUAGAUGUUUCCUUAUUCAUCGUGUCAUUUGUAACUCAUCUCAGUCAAGCUGCAAUCAUUUAAGGAGGAAGUAGCCAUUGUUAUCCACCAAUGUUCCAUGUCCCAGAUCUAAAAGAGAUUCUCUCCUGGUUAUUUAUUUAUUAUUUAUGCCAGAAUCUAUGUGUGAUUGAAUGUUUGAUAAAGAAUGAGUGUAGCCUUUUACUACAUGUUGCCUCUUAGGGUUGUACAUAAUAACUUUGAAUUUGUUUCAAUGAAAAAGGUUGGGAAGGUUGCAUAGUGAACACUAGCUCUUGCAUUUCGCAGAGUUUUUUUGUCUCAAUGAUAACAAAAGUGACAUGUUCUGUGUGUCAGUGAGAAGAAAAAAAAGAUGACAACCUUUUGUUAUAAUUGUCAUAAAAUAUCAAUGCAGAAGUUCACCAGCUUUUGUUCUGUUUUUUGUUCACUUCAAUUUUUAUUAUUCCGUGUAUGGGGAAUAAAACGUCCCUAUAUACAGUUACGAUUUCCUGUACGAUUUGCAGCAGUUUUUUGUGAUUCAGCACAUUCAUUACAUUUUUUUUUUACAUUUUAGCCCCCAAAAGCUUAGUCUGCUUUGCAUUAUAUUUAUAACCAUGAUUGGUGAAUUAAUAACACAUAUGGACAGUAUGAAGUUAAACACAACUGUAUUUCUGUGCUGACAAUGGAAUGACAAAUAACUUCAGACUCAAGUUCCAUUGCUGUUACAAGUUGCAGUCAUUAAACAGUCCUGUUCCCUUCUUCAUAGGUGCAGUGCAUUUUGCAGUCAAGGAAUGGAAAUGGUGUGAGCCUACAGUCAUGUAAUUCUGCAGGAAUGAUUAAAAGAUGGUUUCUCUAUGUGCAUACAUGUGUAUUCUGUGCUUCUUGUUUCUGGUACAGAGGGUUUUUUGCACAUUUUGUGAGCCUUUGCAAAUCAAAACACACCAUGAAUACCCGAAACACAGAAUCAAGAAGCAUAGAUUAACAGCAACAUUUUAAAAUAUAUAUAUAUUUUAAACAAAUAUUCAUUACUGUAGGUUUAAAAGCAAUUUAGCACUUCCUUUUUAACGACAGAAACAAACGACAUGCGUUUCUCCAUUCGUUUCUCUUUGAGGUUGAGACUAAGCCUCAAACCCAUCAGAUCUUGAUGCACUCUUCAUGCAUUCUUGUAACUUCCCAAACUAUCUGUGCACCAUAAUGUUUACUCUGCCUCUUGGUCAACCCAGUGUCAUCUCAAACUCAGUGUCAUCUCAAACUGCCCCCUCCCCCCCCCUGUCAGAUAAUGAACAAGCACCACAUGUUUCUCAGUAUGAUUCUGUUUCCUCUGGAUAACUUCAAUUUGAUUCCCAGGUGCAUCUCAUUUUGGCAGCAGAAACAAAUCAGUGCUCCUUAGUAUUUGGCAGCAUAAUGGUCAUAAUGAAUCCCCUCCUGUGUGUGUGUGAGAGUGUGUUUCUUAAUACCAUCAAUCACAUUCUAUUUUUACAUUGUAUUUUAGGCCUAAAUAUUUAAAUUUAAGUUCUUUUUUUCUUUUGGCUGUCAUGUUUUGUCAUUUAUGCAUUGAAUAGAUAUAUUUUUAGACAUACAAAAAAUAUUCCAUGUGAACUGCAGUAAGUGUUAAGAGGCACUAUUCGUCUUUGUUUUUUUUUUGUUGUCCCCCUCAGUUUGGAAAAUCUCAAUCUGGUCUUCAUUUCUUUAAAAGACUGGAAUGAAAACAAGCAGGCAUGACUGUUUCAUCAGAUCUAGGGUGAAACCACAGGAGUGAAGUCCCUGCCACUGAGCAUAGUGACAUGUAGGUUGGGAAGCUGAGUGUGUAGCCUUGUGAGCUUGUGAGCUGAAAACUUGAAGUAAAAUCUUUCAUCAUUAUAUGCGUUUAUCAACUGAAUGUGUGCCACUACUCAGCAAGGACUUAAGCCGUACAGUGUUUGAAUGGAUGUUUUCUCUUUUUCUUCUUUUGCAGUCUGGUUGACCUACUUUGAUGUACUGCAUUUUUUUGAAUGAGUUACUUUUUUAAGUUGUAUAAUUUAUUUCCUGGCAAAUAAAAAAGGUCCUGUAAAGAG